AUGAGGGGUGACAAAGUGGUCGAAAUCCCCGUUGCGCAGACCGUCCAGGUUCCCAAGGUGACCAAGACCCAAAAGCAUGUCGAGGUCGAGCAGAUCGUCUACGAGGACGUGGAGGUGAAGGUUCCCGUGCAAAAGCUUCGGCCUGUGCCGGUGCAGUCGAAGCAGACGCGACGCAUCGAGGUGCCGUGCAUCCAGUUUGUCGACCGGAUCGUCGACAUCGAGAUCCCCGUGACGCGCAAUGUCCCGCAGGUGCAGAAGGUGGAGAAGAAGGUGGAAGUGCCGCAAGUCAAGGUGGUCAG